CCCGAGCCAUGUGCCCGUUUGCCACGCAGCGCUCACCAAAAAGCACGCGCCCCUGUCUCUAUUAUUCUUACCGCCGGUGCACGGCACCAUGUCCUUCGUUCCUCCAUCUCCGAUCUCUUAGAUCUCCAACGCCCUUCUCCUCCCUCCCGCUCUAAAUCCCCAAUUUUUUUUCCAACCAAAUUAUUGUUUAAUAUCGUUUAGAAUAAGAUGAUGGGUCUCGAGACCCAUGCCGGGUUCGGAUCACCGCCCCGGGAGGAGAUGGAGAGCGUUGCCCUCUCCGACGCCCCCUCCGACUACCGCAGCGCCAUGUCCUCCUCUCUCCCCGCCAUCGCCACCGCCGCUGACGGCGGCGAUCCCCUCCUCUCUCCCCCUGCCCCCCUCUCCUCGGUCCCCUCCUCCUCCUCCUCCUUUCUUGAUCCUCCCUCCUACGCCGACGUCGUUUUCAGCCCCCUUGACGGCCAGAACGGCGCCGCCCCCGACCGCCCCUCCCUCUGCCGCGACUUCUCGUUUCUCAGAUCCGACCGCGCUGCCGCCUCCGAGUAUGCCAGGAUUGCCGUCUCCGACCCCCAGAAGGAGCAGGAUGUCGUCAACGCCCUCGUCCCGGGCGGCGGCACCUACGUCACUUACCUCAUCACCUCAUGGACCCGCGCCGGCGUAGCGGAGUUCGGCGUCCGGCGGCGAUUCCGCGACGUGGUGACCCUCGCUGACCGCCUCGCCGAGGCCUACCGGGGGUUCUUCAUCCCACCACGGCCCGACAAGAAUGUGGUGGAGAGCCAGGUGAUGCAGAAGCACGAGUUUGUCGAGCAGCGGCGAUCUGCGCUCGAGAAAUAUUUGUGGAAGCUGGCGGUGCACCCAGUGAUCGGGAAGAGCGACGAGCUUCGGGUUUUCCUGCAGGCCCAGGGGAAGCUGCCGCUGCCCACGAGCACCGAUAUGGCCUCGAGGAUGCUGGACGGGGCCGUGAGGCUGCCGAAGCAGCUGUUCGGGGAGGGACCGGCCGGAUAUGUCAUGCCGCAGGAUGCGGUGCAGCCUGCAAAGGGAGGAAGGGACCUGCUGAGGAUAUUCAAAGAGCUCAAGCAGUCCGUGGCGAAUGAUUGGGGAGGCGCAAAGCCUCCGGUGGUGGAGGAGGACAAGGAAUUCGUGGAAAGGAAAGAUAAGAUGCAGGAUCUAGAGCAGCAGCUCAGCACAACCUCUAAGCAGGCUGAGGCACUUGUUAAAGCUCAACAGGAUAUUGGUGAAACAAUGGGAGAAUUGGGAUUGGCAUUCAUCAAACUGACUAAGUUUGAGAGCGAGGAAGCUGUGUAUAGUUCUCAGAGAGUACGGGCCGCUGAUGCCAAACAUGUAGCGACUGCUGCUGUAAAAGCAAGCAGAUUAUAUCGAGAAUUAAAUGCUCAAACAGUCAAACAUCUGGACACUCUGCAUGAAUAUCUAGGGCUGAUGUUAGCUGUUCACAGUGCAUUCUCAGACCGCGCUAGUGCACUACUGACUGUACAAACGCUGAUGUCAGAUUUGUCUUCCUUGCACACAAGGAUUGAGAAACUUGAAGUUGCAUCCUCAAAAAUAUUUGGUGGUGACAGAUCAAGAAUGCGAAAAGUGGAAGAGCUGAAAGAAACAAUCAGAGUUACUGAAGAUGCUAAAUGUUGCGCAUUAAGAGAGUAUGAAAGGAUCAAGGAAAAUAACCGGAGUGAACUUGAGAGAUUAGACAGAGAAAGGCAUGAUGAUUUUCUGAGCAUGCUGAAGGGUUUUGUAAAAAAUCAGGUUGGUUAUGCAGAGAAAGUUGCGAAUGUCUGGGCAACGGUGGCAGAAGAAACAAGUGGAUAUGCCUGAGAGAAUGACAGGACUUUAAAUGUACAUUGAGAUGUUCUUCUGGCCUGUUCUCUCCACCCACGCGUGCACGUACACAAUACCAAGCAGGAUAAAGAACCGAAUAUUCCCUAAUAAACAGAUUCUGGUGAAGUUUUUUAUUUUAUUUUAUUGUACUUUAUUCCAUUACUUUGGGCAUAUGGUUCUUUAACUCUCUUUUUUUCUGAGGGGGACCAUGUUUGGUACCUGCUGGGUGCUGUUAUAAGAAAUGAUUGUGAAUGCAUACCUUUAACAAUUGGAAGGAGUUAUUGUUGACGUAUUUUCUGUUGUAACAUUUAAGUGGUGAUAGGUUGGUUCUUUGUGGCUCCCAGUCCUAACC